CUUUGAUUGAUCCACGCUUGAUGACAUCAACCCAAUCCUUGAUAAGGACCUGCCAAUAUACGAAGACUCUGCCACAAGAAGAAUUAGACUUCUUCUAAGGGAGACCAAUACUCUCAGAUCACUUAUACGUUGCUUACGAGAGUACCAAAAAUUGAGAUGGCGAGACCAGACUGGUACAGACACUUCACCGAGAACGGUUUCGCGGUCAUCCCUUCGGUAAUACCUCACGAUAAAGCUGUCGAGUAUCAACAGAAAGCUUUCGCUUGGCUUAAGUCCUUCGACAAUCCAGACUUAAAUCUCGCCGACCCUACAACAUGGACUCCUGAGAACCUGCCUUUCAUUUCCGGAAUCAAUACAGUAAACCAUUACGGAGUCGUGCACGAGAAGUUCAUGUGGGAUAUACGACAGGAACCAGGCGUCAUUGACGUCUUUGCAAGGGUGUGGAAUACCCGCGACCUCAUUGUUUCAUUCGAUGCCCUCAACGUCACACUUCCAAGACGACAAGGUCACACCCCGAGGAAGAAGUGGCCGCAUGUCGACCAGAGCCCAUACAGACAGGGCUUAGAGUGCGUCCAGGGAAUAGUGAAUCUCUCAAAGGCAGGACCCGAGGACGGCGGACUGACGGUAUACCCGGGAACGCACAAGAUUACAGAGUCUUUCUUCAAAGAGCAUACCGACAAGUCGGAGUGGACGCGGAAGGACUUCUUCAACUACACGCCUGAGCAGAUUGCGUGGUUCAUAAAGCAAGGCUAUCGUGAGCACAAGGUUGUCGCGGAACCGGGAGAUUUGAUCAUCUGGGACUCGCGACUGAUCCACUUCGGGGCCGAGCCUACGGCAAAGAGCGACACCAUACGGACCAUCACUUACGUGUCGUAUGCGCCCGCAUCUUUCGCAACGAAUGAAGUUCUUGAAGCGAAGAAGGAGGCGUUCGGCAAGUGGCUGGCCACGACUCAUUGGCCUCAUGACAACAUUGUUCCAAGAACGAACCAACCAACUCUGCCGGAUGGAACCGUUGAUGAUAGACGAUCGGAACCGCUAGAGAAGCCUGAGCUCACUCCACAGUUGUUGAGGCUAGCGGGGGUUGAGGCAUAUUAGACUCGCAACCCCGCAACAGUCGAGAAAGCUGGGGUGUGCGGAGAAAAUAACCACUCUGCCUGUGGCUUUAUCUUGGGGCUUACCCACUACAUCUUAGAUCUCAUAGGUAGUAAAUGAGUGUCUUGUUCACCG